AUGUCAACCAUAUCCAUGCUGUGUUGCUGCCUUCUGGCAGAGUGGCUUGAGCAGCUUUGGGCGUUCCUUUUGUGCUUGGUGCCUGUAGGCAUCAUGCUGGGGCUGUCCACAUGGGGGUAUUUGCAAGUCUCGGCCCUGGCGAUUUGUGUGGCCUUGCAGAUACCUUUGACUAUUGCAUAUUUGGCACACCGCUGGCUCACGCAAAGACAUCCAGAGCUUUGGAGUGUGACACUGGCGUUCCCAUGUAUAAAUACUGCUUUGUGGGUCCUGUCUUUCUUCUUCCUCCCCAUCGGUUCCAUUGCAAGCCCGGCCUACGAUUUGGCUGGACAAAGCCUGUUGCUGACACAAUGCAGUGCGUGGUUCGGACGCAGCGGUGUCACCUUCAUUCUCAGCUGGCUAGCAGCGGCUGGAGCACAUCGCUGCGCCAACUCCAAGGCCACAGGAGGAUUCCGGGCUUCUCUUGCCACCUUGUUCGUCAUUCUUCUUGCCGGAGGAGUUCGAUUCUAUGCCCCAACCGUGUUCAUGGGUAUGACUUUCAUACCGCCAGGAGGAGAACCAUCAGAAUACCAUCGAGUUAGUUGUCUUAGUUACAUGGCAGAUGUGUACAACGCCACCAAAGAACGCUUAGAUGCUGGUGACACCAUCAUCAUGCACACUGAGCAAGGGACUGAUGUGCGCAAUGGCCCUCCAGUGCCGCGCUAUCAGGAACUGUUACGUGAGCACUACGACAAGACAAGGGUUGAAGCUCUGGCGGUUCUGUCCUUCUUUGAGAACAAAAGGUCAUGGUAUCACCUUGUCACUAGAAACGGGUCUGUGAUGAGCUAUGCGAAGAACCAUCCCGUGCCAGUCCUCGAAAGCGGACUGCUGCCUGGCAUACAGCCACCUUCAGUAGCAUCCGUCACUGUGGGUGCAGUAGGUGCAGCAGAGAUCUCUGUGACGGGGACGAUUUGCUUUGACACGGACUUCCCUUCGCUCACACGCUCCUUGAGUACGGCCGAUGUGCUUCUGGAAAGUAGCGCAACUUGGGGCAACAUAGGCCGUCAGCACCUUCAUGGCCAUCAGUAUGCGGCUGUGGAGAACGGUCAGACAUUGGUGAAAUGUACCUACAAUGGCUUUACUGGAGCCAUCAAUCCCUACGGCUCCAUUGUUACCCAGCUGCCGCAGACCACUGGCGUAGUGACCUUCCUUGUGCCGCGCUUCCCCAAGCUUACAGUCUUUCCUAUGUUGCACUGGGCUUUCGACUCGGUUGUCAGUGUCGCAGCAUGUCUUUGGCUCUUGCUGGCCUUGGUGCCACAAUUGAGCUGCCGCUUGCUAGGUGGCCAGGGAAUUCGUUCUGGUCAUGUCGUGUAA